AUGGCAGCCGCCUUCAAGGCCAAAGGAAAUGAGUUUUUCAAAGCGGGAAACUAUGCCGCUGCAGUUGGAGAGUACACUAGCGCGAUGUUGGCAGAUCCAAAGGAUGCGACGUUUCCCCUCAAUAGAGCCGCUGCAUACUUGAAGCUCAACAAGUUCCAAGAUGCAGAGCGGGAUUGCGGUCGUGCCUUGACAAUUGAGCCGAAGAAUGUCAAGGCGCUAUUCAGACGCGGGCAGGCGAGAGCGGGACUAGGUAACUAUUCCACCGCACUUCAAGAUAUAGAUCAAGUCCUGAAAUUAGAACCAGCGAAUGAAACUGCAAAGCAAGAACAAAAGCGGAUUCAAGCCCUGUUGGAUGACGAGAAACAGGCACGCAUUUCGGAAGAAGAUACGCACUGCUUCCAACGUCGGCGGGUGCCCAUUGAAAUUGUCGAGGACGAAGAGGCUCCGACGGUCGAUGGUACCAGCACCCAGCCCUCCUCGGUGAACAAGGACGCGCCUAUCAUCGAAAUAAUAUCAGAAGGAGUUUCGAAGGAGUCAUCCAACCCACCAAAAUCCUUUCAACAAGCCAAACAAGAGCGCUCCUCGCGAGUCAAGGCCGUCGGUGGGGGAAUCUUCAAAAGAGACGGGACUCACUCUGCGUCGAUCUUUGAGCCGAAGGAUGUGACGUCGAAGCCCAGCGGCAACACCCCACCGGAAGUUGAGUCGCCGAUCGUUACUCCAAGCCCGGCUCCGCAAGAACCACCGCGCAACGCAUUCGAGUUCUCGAUACAAUGGAAUUCCGCCGUUGAUGACAAGGCGAAAUGGAAGAUACUAAAAAGUGUAGCACCACAAACGCUACCCACUCUAUUUCGUACAUCGCUCGAGCCGCAGUUACUCGGUGGGAUUCUCCAAAUCCUCCUUUAUGGAUCGGCGAACGGAGGGGAGAAGCGCGAUAUCACACAGUAUCUUACGUAUCUUGGCCAGAUACCGCGGUUUGCCAGUUUAGCACUCUUCCUGAGUCAAUCGGAAAAGGAUGCCGCACGCAAAAUCAUCUCCUGGGUGGGAGAAUCUGUAGGCUGGAAAGUCUAA